UGCAAUACAUUUGUUUUAUAUUGGAGGGAUUUUACCGCCACAAUUCAUGAGCAUGUAUAUUAUGCGACGUGAUUUGCAAGAAAUUGUUGAGAAUUCUCUUUUAACAUUGACAUGUGUAGCGUUUGUAUCAAAACUUGUUGUAUUUCUAUUGAGACGCAAUAAGAUUGAAGAAUUUUUUCAAAGAUUGCACGAUCCAAUUUUUUAUCCAAAACGAAAGGAACACUUGAAUGUAUUAAAAGAAUCUGCAGCUAUAGGUCAAGCAAGUGCCAUCACAUUUCUUUCUUUAUCGCUGAGCACUUGUCUCAUAUGGAUCAUUAUUCCAUUGACAGUAAACAGGCAGGAAAAGGCGUUUCCAUAUGUUGCAUGGUAUCCAUAUAAUACAACAGUAAAUCCCGCUUAUGCAUACACAUAUGUUUCUCAAACAGUUUUGUUGUUAAUGACGGGUGCUAUGGAUUCUAUGAUUGACAUAAUGACGACCAAUUUUUAUGUUGUUAUGGUGGGACAAAUGGAAAUUCUUAAACAAGAUUUUCAAGAAUUAACAGAUUUUGUUGCUGAAAACUAUUCAAUGGAUGCAACUAUUGAAUUUCCAAAUAAAAAAUCAGUUGAUUAUGGAAACAUUAAAUCUAAUGGAAAAAAGUUAGUUUAUAAUUUGACAACAACGGAUCACUUAUGGGUUAAAAUUUAAUUUACAAUGUAGAAAUGCUUUACCAAUGGAAAUAAAUAUGGGAUUAGCCCAAAUUCAAUUGAACCAUUGAACAUUAAACUUAUAACGAAAAUUAGACAAAUUUAAAUUUACAAGAGAAGCAGUAUUGCAUCAAACUUACCGGCGUAAAGAAUCUUUAAAAAUAUUUUAUCAUUUUCAACUUAGAAAAUUUAUAGUUUUUAAACAUGAAAUUUUUUUGUUUCAUGUCUUAAAAAAUGUUUGGUAUUUUGGUUUUAGAAAAUUUUUUAUUCAAUUUCCUAAUAAGUGAUUUAAAAAAAUUUCAUAUAUAAGGGAUUUUGACCAACUCAAUACUA